AGUCCAGCUCUUUUUCUCGCAAUGGCAGGCCUGAAGCUCGUUACCCCGGCCACAUCUUCCAUGGGUCCUUUUUUUGGACUGCCAUGGCAGCAGGAGGCAAUCCACGAUAACAUCUAUACACCUAGAAAAUAUCAGGUAGAACUUCUUGAAGCAGCACUUGAACAUAACACUAUCGUCUGUUUAAAUACUGGCUCAGGGAAGACAUUUAUUGCAGUUCUCCUAACAAAAGAGCUUUCCCAUCAAAUCCGUGGACAAUACCAAGGAAAUGCAAAGAGGACUGUAUUUCUUGUCAACUCAGCCAUGUCUGCUAAUCAGCAAGCAGCUGCAGUCAGGACUCACUCUGACCUCCAAGUGGGAGAGUACACAGAGAUGGAGGAGACGUCAGUAUGGACUAAUCAUCAAUGGAGUGAAGAGAUGAACAACAACCAGGUGCUGGUUAUGACUUGCCAUAUAUUUCUGCAUGUACUGAAAAAUCAGAUUUUACCCUUGUCAAAAAUCAACCUGGUGGUUUUUGAUGAUUGUCAUCUUGCCAUCACGGAUCACCCCUACUGUGAGAUAAUGAAGCUUUUUGAUGACAACAACGGCAGUCCUCGUAUUCUUGGUCUCACAGCCUCCAUUCUCAAUGGCAAUUGCGACCCCACAGAUCUUGAGCAGAAAAUCCAGAAUUUAGAGCAAGUCCUGAAGAGCAACGCUGAAACUGCCACUGACCUUGUAGUUCUUGACAGAUAUGCCUCCCAGCCAAGAGAGGUGGUGCUGGACUGUGGCCCUUAUCUAGAUAAGAAUGGACUCUCCUCACGUCUCCAAGUGGAGUUAGAUGAAGCGCUCGACUUCUUGAAUGAGUGUAACAUAUCGAUUGCAAGAGAAGAUAAGGGUCCUACAGUCAUCUCACGGCAGAUCUUAAGUGACUGCAGGGCUGUGCUGCAGGUGCUUGGGCCCUGGUGUGCAGAUAAAGCAGCAGGUAUCAUGGUGCGCGAGCUUCAGAAGUACAUCAAGCACGAACAGGGGGCAAUUAACCGCAAGUUUCUACUGUUCACUGACACCAUUCUCAGAAAAGUACAUGCCCUUUGUGAGGAACAUUUUUCUCCAGCCUCCCUGGACCUGAAGUUUGUCACACCUAAGGUACUCCGUCUCUUGGAGAUCCUGCAUGAAUACAAGCCCUUUGAGAGGCAGCAGUUUGAGAGUGUGGAGUGGUACAACAACCGGAACCAAGACAACUAUGUUUCUUGGAGUGAUUCUGAAGAGGAAGAUGACGAUGAAGAGUCAGAGACCAAGGAAAGGCCUGAAGCCAACUUUCCUUCACCAUUCACUAACAUUCUAUGUGGAAUUAUUUUUGUGGAGAGGCGUUACACUGCAGUCGUCCUGAAUCGUCUGAUCAAAGAGGCAGGAAAACAGGACCCAGAGCUGGCUUACAUCAGCAACAACUUCAUCACUGGCCAUAGCAUUGGCAAGAACCAGCCACGGAACAAGCAGAUGGAGGUGGAAUUCAGAAAGCAAGAGGAGGUCCUACGCAAAUUCCGGGCUCAUGAAACCAACCUGCUGAUUGCCACAAGCAUUGUGGAAGAAGGUGUGGACAUUCCGAAGUGUAACUUGGUGGUGCGGUUUGACUUGCCAACUGAAUACAGGUCCUACGUCCAGUCCAAAGGCAGAGCUCGAGCUCCUGUCUCCAACUAUGUUAUGCUGGCUGAUAGUGAGAAGACCAAAUGCUUUGAAAGUGAUCUCACUACCUACAAGGCAAUAGAAAAGAUCUUGAGGAACAAGUGCUCCAAGUCUGCAGAAGUUGAUGAGUUUGAAAUUGAGCACGUGUUAGAUGAUGACAACAUACUUCCUCCGUACGUGCUUCGAUCGGAGGAUGGAGGUCCUCGGGUUACCAUCAAUACGGCCAUCGGACACAUUAACAGAUAUUGUGCUCGGCUGCCCAGUGAUCCCUUUACCCACUUGGCUCCCAAAUGUAAAACUAGGGAGAUGCAAGAUGGAAGAUUCCAGUCCACACUCUAUUUACCCAUCAACUCCCCACUCAGGGUUCCUGUUAAGGGUCCCAACAUGAAUUGUGCCAGAUUAGCAGAGAAAGCAGUUGCAUUACUUUGUUGUGAGAAACUACAUCAAAUAGGUGAACUGGAUGAUCAUUUGAUGCCCGUCGGGAAGGAGACUGUCAAGUAUGAGGAAGAGCUGGAUCUUCAUGAUGAAGAGGAAACUUGCGUCCCUGGCCGACCGGGCUCAACGAAGAGGAGACAGUGUUAUCCUAAAGCUAUACCAGAGUGUUUGCAGGAGAGUUAUGCUGUACCUGAGCAUACUUACUACCUAUAUGUGAUUGGGAUGAACCUCACUACGCCACUUCCUGACGAGCUCAACUUCCGCAGAAGGAAGCUUUACCCACCAGAGGACAGCACACGCUGUUUUGGCAUCCUGACUGCUAAACCGAUACCACGAGUCCCACAUUUCCCGGUCUACACACGCUCGGGUGAGGUGACCAUCUCCAUCGAGCUUCUCAAGUCCGGCUUCAAUCUCACCGCCACAGAGCUCGACCUAAUCAUUCGCUUGCACCAGUACAUCUUCUCGCAUAUUCUCCGCCUCGAGAAACCUGCACUAGAGUUCAAGCCUACACUUGCCGAUUCUGCUUACUGUGUUCUACCUCUUAAUGUUGUUGGAGAUUCUAACACACUCGAUAUGGACUUCAAAUUCAUGGAGGAUAUCGAAAAGUCUGAAGCCCGAACUGGUAUUCCUAAUACUCAUUAUACCAAACAGAACCCCUUCACCUUUAAAUUGGAGGAUUACCAGGAUGCUGUUAUCAUUCCUAGGUACCGUAAUUUCGACCAGCCUCAUCGAUUUUACGUCGCUGAUGUAUAUACAGACCUUACUCCUCUCAGCAAGUUUCCUUCACCAGAAUACGAGACAUUUGCUGAGUACUACAAAACCAAAUACAACCUGGAUCUGUCCAACCUGAACCAGCCUCUACUGGAUGUUGACCAUACGUCAUCGAGACUGAAUCUCUUAACGCCUCGUCACCUCAACCAAAAAGGCAAAGCGUUGCCCCUCAGCAGUGCGGAGAAGAGGAAAGCAAAAUGGGAAAGUCUGCAGAACAAACAGAUCCUGGUUCCAGAACUUUGUGCCAUUCACCCCAUCCCUGCCUCCCUUUGGAGGAAGGCGGUGUGUUUACCCAGUAUCCUCUACCGUCUCCAUUGCCUCCUGACAGCAGAGGAACUAAGAUCCCAGACAGCCAGCGAAGCUGGAGUUGGAUCACAAAUCCUUCCUACUGAUUUCAGGUAUCCAAACUUGGACUUUGGGUGGAAGAAAUCAAUUGACAGCAAAAUAUCCAUAUCAUUAAGUGAGGACAAUGGCCUUCAAUUAAAGCACCAGUCACCCGAUUGCAUUUCAUUAAUGGAUUACAGUUGUCUCCAACAUUCCCAAGCCAUCGUCACUUGCAGCAAAGACUCUGUGAAUAUCACUACUCAAAUUCCUGACCACAGUCUCUCAGACGGGAGGCUUAUUAAGAAACAUAAUUGCCAAUGUUCUCAAUGUAACUUUCUUGAACUGCUUCACCCUGAAACAAAGGAAAUCCCUACCUCAGUUCCUGUGCAGCCCUCUCACAUCUUGAAGAAUCCUGAUGCAUGUCCUCCACAUCAUAGGGUUCAGUGUACACCAGGAAGGAGCACGGUCCACAGGAAUUCCACUACCUCAGCCUACAGCCAGCACGAAGAGUGUCCCAAUGCUCACAAAGCACCUUCACAAAAUCAUUCUACUGUUUUGCAUCCCAGCAAAAUGGCAGGGGACUCCAUAACAAUCCUGGGGCCUAACCCGGGUCUUAUACUUCAGGCCUUAACCCUUUCCAAUGCCAGUGAUGGUUUUAACCUAGAGCGGCUGGAAAUGCUUGGUGAUUCGUUCCUCAAACAUGCCAUUACCACUUAUCUUUUUUGUACCUAUCCAGAUGCCCAUGAGGGCAGGCUCAGCUACAUGCGCAGCAAGAAGGUGAGCAACUGCAACCUGUACCGCUUAGGAAAAAAGAAGGGACUUCCUAGUAGGAUGGUGGUGUCCAUUUUUGAUCCCCCCGUCAACUGGCUGCCUCCUGGCUAUGUGGUCAAUCAGGACAAGACCAUUAGUGACAAACAGGAUCCAGAUGAGGGUGGAGAAGUACAUCUAUCUAAUGGACCUUCUGUUGAUGACUGUGGUGAAGAGUUGAAGGAGGUCAAUAAUGACAGAGACCUGCUUUUAAAGGAUGAAACAAAAGAUGAGGUCAACUUGGAAGAUGACUUGGAGUACUACAAGGAACACAUCAAGUUCAUCGACAAUAUGUUGCUAGGAUCUGGUGCAUUUGGAAAAAAGAUCUCUCUGAGCAGCUUCCCACCUUCUCUAACCAAUGCUUCAGGCCUAUCACCAUCCAUAGAGACGCCAUAUGAAUGGAAAGCUCCUCCCAAAAAAACCUACCCCUUGUCCCACCAUCACUCUGAACCACUACACACGGAAUCUUCAGCCGAGGACUUUGACUACAGCUCAUGGGAUGCCAUGUGCUACUUAGACCCCAGCAAGGCAGGUGAGGAGGACGACUUUGUGGUGGGAUUCUGGGAUCCAUCAGAGGAGAACAAUGGCACUGAGCUUGGAAAGCAGUCCAUCUCUUACGACUUGCACACAGAGCAGUGCAUAGCAGAUAAGAGCAUCGCUGACUGUGUCGAGGCUCUGCUUGGCUGCUAUCUGACCAGCUGUGGUGAGAGAGCUGCCCAGAUGUUCCUGUGCUCAUUGGGCUUGAAGGUAUUACCAAUCCAGAGAGGAAGCUUGACAGAAGAAAUUCAUAUCAGCCCACAAACAGCUGGUGAAUUGAGCUAUGGCUGGUUGAAAAUCCCACCACGGUGCAUGCUUGAACAUCCAGAUGCAGAGCGGACCCUCAAUCAUCUGAUUUCUGGCUUUGACAAUUUUGAAAAAAAGAUUAACUACACUUUUCAGAAUAAGGCCUAUGUACUGCAGGCCUUCACUCAUGCUUCCUACCAUUACAACACCAUCACAGAUUGUUAUCAACGAUUGGAGUUCCUUGGUGAUGCAAUACUUGACUACCUCAUUACAAAGCACCUUUAUGAAGACCCACGGCAACACUCGCCUGGUGUACUGACUGAUCUGCGCUCAGCACUUGUCAACAACACCAUUUUUGCCUCUCUGGCCGUGAAGUAUGACUACCACAAGUACUUCAAAUCUAUCUCACCGGAACUUUUCCACGUUAUUGAUGACUUUGUGCAGUUUCAACUGGAAAAGAAUGAGAUGCAAGGCAUGGACUCUGAGCUUCGACGCUCUGAAGAAGAUGAGGAGAAAGAAGAAGACAUUGAAGUCCCCAAGGCUAUGGGCGAUAUUUUCGAGUCGCUCGCUGGAGCCAUUUACAUGGACAGUGGCAUGUCAUUGGAGAAAGUGUGGCAAGUUUAUUAUCCGAUGAUGAGGCCACUUAUCGAGAAAUUCUCUGCAAAUGUACCACGGUCACCUGUAAGGGAGUUACUCGAAAUGGAACCAGAAACUGCUAAGUUCAGCCCUGCAGAAAGAACCUACGACGGGAAGGUCCGGGUAACCGUGGAGGUCGUCGGAAAGGGGAAAUUCAAAGGAGUCGGACGCAGCUACCGUAUUGCCAAGUCAGCAGCAGCCCGACGAGCUCUGCGCAGCCUCAAAGCCAAUCAACCUCAGGUCCAAAACAACUGA